GGCCGGGGGGAGCUGUGUCCCGAAGCUGCAGCCAGCAGUCAGUGGAAGGGAGGGUCCCAGGUCCUACCCGGAGCCCAAGUGGGGAUUCUGCGUCAUUCCCAGCACCCAAGGAACCCAGGACAGAGAAGGCCUGCCACGAGUGUUCAUUCAGCACCAGGUGUCCUCGCUGCCUGCCAGCCGGGCCCAGCGUCGUCAUGCCGCCCCGCCAGAAGAAAAAGCUGCGCGCCCGCCAGAAACGCCAGGAGGGCCAGGGUGAGGGGCAGGGUGUGGGGGGUGCUCAGGCCGCCGCCGCCGCCGCCGCAGCAGCAGCGGCGGCGGCGGCGGCGGAGCCCCUUGGGGAGGCUUCCCCGGGGUCCCCCCGGGCGGGUGCAGCCCAGCAGCCUCAGGGUGCCCCGGCCCCCGGGUCCCCCGGGUCCCCCCGCGCAGGCGCCGCAAGCCCGCCACGUGAGCAGGGCGCCGGCAAAGACCCGCUCAGCCGCAAGGCCGACAUGCUGGUGCGGUUCCUGCUGGAGAAGCACGCCAGCAAGGAGCCCAUCACGCGGGCCGCGCUGCUGAAGAUCGUCAGCAGGAAGUACGAGGCGCGCUGGGCCGAGAUCCUCAGGCGCACCUCGGAGCGCCUGCAGCUGCUCUUCGGCCUCGAGCUCCGGGAGGGCGACGCCGGCGGCCGGGCCUACGCGCUGGUCAGCAAGCCGGGCCUGGAGGGCGACGGCGGCGACGAGGGGCCGCCCAAGAGCGGCCUGGUCCUGGCGCUGCUGGGCGUGAUCUUCAUGAAGGGCAACCGCGCCAGCGAGGAGGAGGUGUGGGAGUUCCUCAGCGUGCUGGGCGUGUACGCGGGCCGCAGGCACCCGAUCUUCGGGGAGCCCAGGAGGCUCAUCACCCAAGACCUGGUGCGCCAGAAGUACCUGGAGUACCGCCACGUGCCGGGCAGCAAACCUCAGCGCUACGAGUUCCUGUGGGGCCCGAGAGCCCGCGCCCACACCAGCAAGAUGGAGGUGCUGCAGGUGCUGGCCAAGAUCAACGACACGGUGCCCAGCUGCUUCCCCCAGCUGUACCAGGAGGCCCUGCUGGAAGAGGCGGCGCGCGAGAGCUACACAGGCGCAGCCACGGUGGCCUCCGCUGGCGAGGCUGCGGGCCCUUCGGGAGCCGGGGAGCCGUCCCGGGCCCGGGUGGGCCGCGGCCGCCGAAUCUAGCGAGGCGGGUGGGGCGGCUGCUCCUCCUGCUCGGGGCGGAAGGGGGCCCUUGACCUUCCAGGUAGUGCAGAGUCGGGGGGCUGGAGGGAAGUAAGUAGUUCUUCUUCAUAUUUGUUCUAAACUCUUAACUAAUAUCAACCCACAUAUCAUUCAUAUUUAUUUAGGUGUUUACAAGUUUUUUCCUAGUAUCCCUUAUUUAGCACUAGAAUAUAAACUUAAGAAUGGCAUGGCUCUCACCUCCAUGGCUGUUCCUCAAGGGAGAGUUACAGUGUUGUUGUGUGCAAAACAAAGCCACAGACCAUCGAUAUUGCAUUUAUGGUCCAGAAGUAGGUAACAUGGCAUGCAGUAGGGAUUUUCAUGGCCGUGUGAGAAGAGGAAAACGGAAAAGAGCGGGGAAUAGCCAACGGAGAAACACUAGUUAAAUAAAAGGAAAAGGUGUUUAAUUCAUGGUUUGCCUUUUCCAUUCAGUCUCUUAGUAAAAAGAUGUGUUCUCAAGAA